AAUAAUGUAGAAAUAAAUAUUAUUUAUUAAGGCUUUAGCAAAAUCUUGGAACGAAAAUAUCCCUAUGGAAUUCGAGUACAUCCUGGAGAGGGCUUAUGCGGUAGCACAUUUGCCUCCAGACAAAGUUGGAGAAGGAUUUAUGCACAUCACUAGCCUUGUUGAUAAUGUAGCAAAUGGAAAUGGCGUUAAUCCAGCUAUACUAAAAAAGCUGCAAGAUUUUGCAGCUUACCUAAGAAGAUAUUGGCUACCACUUGCUGAAGUAUUGUCAGUCUUCCAAAAACCCGUUAGGUCCAAUAAUACUUGUGAGAAUUUUCACUUGUAUGCAGCAAAGAAAAUGGGAAUACGUUCCAACGUUUAUAGAAUGUUAGACGGAAUGGGGGCUCAAAUGGAUAAGACAGCAGCGAAUUAUGAAAUGGCUGAACGAAGUCUUAUAGUAACAGUUCAGCGACCAGCGCGUCUCGUAGAAGCUGACUUGGCUAUACAGCGAACUGAAAAUGAAUUUCUAUUGGGGCGUUAUGAUGUGGAAGAGUAUCUAACGCACAUUGUUGGUUUGAGGCGUUAUCAUUUUGCAAGAGUACACGAAUACAAUGAGCGGAUUCGGCGGCCUCAACGAAGAGCGAAUGAAGAACAUGAAGAAGACGAAGAAGAAGAAGAAGGCGAAGAAGAUGAACAAGAAGACAACGAAGAUAAUGUACACUUUGAGAUAAAUGACAUCGCAUAUCUGAGAAACGAACUGAAUCCUGACGCUGGACCUGGACGAGAAUUUGAAAACGACCAGGUGGUGCGUCGACAACGAAGAUUGCAUCCCAUCAGAGAUAGAGAGCAGUUACCAGAACCCAUAGAUGAACGUAUCGUCGCAGUUGGACGUCGACGUCGUCGGGCCGAUGCUGCAGCAGUUCAGCCAGAACAGCGUGUUCAGAGGAGAAGAGGCAGGCCUCGUCGAAACGAAAACGCACGCGGCGGUGCCGUAGUGGACGAACCUCCGCGCAGACGAGGCAGACCUCGACGAAACCAGGACGUACCCGACGAAGAAAUAGUGGGCGAACCCGUACCUCGCAGACGAGGCAGACCUCGACUCAAUCGAAAUAUACCAGCCGAACAAAUCAUUGAGGAGCCCAUCGGAGCAAACAACCAGGAACCCAUCCAAGCAGGCAACCAGGAACCCAUCCAAGCAGACAACCAGGAAGCCAUCGGAGCAAACAACCAGGAACACAUCCAAGCAGACAACCUGGAACCCAUCCAAGCAGACAACCAGGAACCCAUUGAAGUAGACAACGAAGAACCUAUCAUCGAAGCAGACAGUGAGGAACCAAUCGCAGAACUCGGUGAGGCAGUCAUGGAGAAUCCUGCUGGACCAAACGCUGAGAAUGCUCACGCAGCUUUAGUCCAUAAUCGCAGAGUACGUCGGAGAAGGACUCGCCGCGGUGGCAAGAAUUCCAUGUGCAAUGUAUGCUACUCGAAGGAGCAUCUGCAUAAACUGCCAAUCUGCCCUCACCGUAUCUGCAACAAUUGCGUACGGAAUCUGAUCAAAAGGGAAUGUCCAAACUGUAGAACACCUAUAACAACUUAUUUACCUGAACAUAUGAUGGGAGGCGAGGUAUGGAAUCAAAACAUCCCGGCACAACUCCAGCACGAGUUCUAUGAACAAUUAUUGAGAGAUAUUGAAGAGAUGGAUUCCAAUUCUGACAUAGAACUUUCUGAUAUAAAUGAUUGAAAAAUGAAUGAAGAAGAAGAGGACUUACAGGACAUCAUGAACAACAAACAAAUCCAGGAUAUCACGGACGUGUAGGAAACCCAGGCCAUUAAGGACAUCCAGGAGAUCCAGGCUAUUAAGGACAUCGAGGAGAUCGAAAACAGGACAUCAAGGACAUCCAGAAGGAGAUCCAGGGGAUUAAGGACGCCGAGGACAUCGGAGACAACAUAUAGGACAUCAAUGCCAGAGACGAAUCGCUAUUAUCCGGAAGUGGCUGCCAAGAUAGUGGCCUAUCUUGGCAGCCAAUUCCGAAUACCUGUCACAAACAUGUACAUACAUGCAUGCACACGAACGCACGCACGCACACGCACACACACACGAGCAGACUUACACACACACAUACAUGUUCACAUGCGCGAGCGCACGCUCCCAAGCAUAUACAUGAGCACACAUACUCACACGCGCGCACACACACACAUGCUUACAUGUACACGCACACACGCACACACGCAACAUGUAAAAACACAAACAUGUUUUGAUGCGCGCGCCCACGCUCACACGCACAUAUAUGACCGCACAUCCAUACAUACACGCACGCACACACUCACACACAUGCACAUGCGCAUUCAUACACACACACAUACGUACACACGCGCGCGCGUUAACAGACGCACACGAUCAUGUACACAUACGCACGCACAAAUACGCGAGUGCACAUACACACACAAGCGCACACGCAGACACAUAUACACACAUGUAUACGUAACACACACGCGCGUACACAGGGCUAUUAUACAUCGUUCCUUAUAUGUAGUAUACGUGUGUAUAAACGGACAGGGGAAAAGUCAGUGGGGCCAAUGUGAGGAUUGUAAGUGACUGAUGCAGGGAAGAGAAACGAAGUUGCAAUACCUAAUCUUCCGGAUGUAAACAAUGAAGGUAUGCUUUCUGUAAUUUCAAGUUAUUGGAGUCGUUAAGUAUAACUAUUCAACAACUCCAAGAACUUGAAAUUGCAAAGCAGAAGGCACACGUUUACUGUUUUCAUCAUGGAAGGUUAGGUACUGCAAGCCUGUUCGUUUCUCUCCCUUGCAUCCGUCACUAACAGUUUGUACGUUGGCCGCAUUGAUUUCCAUCCCGUACGUUUACGUAUGCGUAUUAUGCAUACCGAACGAUGUGGAAUGGCCCACACAGACAUAUACGGCCAUGCACACAUGCGCGCGCACGUACACAAGCACACUGUGGAUUAGGCCUAUACCUUGUUGAAAUUUAAUAGAAUAUUUUAAAUAAUUCAGUUUAAUACAUUUCUUUUUUGCACCCUUUUCGUUAGUUUCUUUAAUUAAAUUAUAAUUAAGAUUUCAUUUAAAAUAAAUAAUUUCAGUAAGGCAAGGGAUACCACAUAAAAAAACGCGCCUAUCUAUUUACCUCACGGGUGGUGUGGAAAAGAUAGAAUAACACUUUAAAGCACACUUUGUAUAUUACAGUUUUGGUUAUGUUUGUAUAGAAUUGUUUCAACUUCAAAUGCUAUGCUCAUUAUAAAAUUACCCUAAAAUAGUGCUUGAAAGUGUUAAUAUUAACAAAUCACAUUACACAUAUCUAUUUAAAAUUGUAAUUACAAAAUUCAUAUUAAUUAAAAUGAAGUUGUUUGUAGCUCUGUAAAAGAAGAAUAUAAUGAUAAGUCUCGAUGACUAAUUUUUAUAGUAAUAUCUUUCGUUUGUUGAUUUAUAUAUUAGUGAGAAAUUGUGUACGACACGACCAAUACCUUAUUUAAGCUACUAAUACAAAUAUUUCGUAAAAUAUACAUUAUUAAAAUAUACAUUGUUGUAAAUGAAUAAAA